UGCGUGGCCCCGCCCCCUCCGUGCGUGCGGCCUAGUCGGGGCGAUGGGGCUGCGUCGCGCGCUGGGCCUCGGGGCGCGGCUGGACCGGGUCUUCCUGCGGUGCUGGCUCGGGGGACCUCCCCGGCCCGCCGCGCCUGCCUCCCGCUUCUCCGCCGACCAGCCCGCGCGCCCCCCGGGGUUGCUCCUCCUGCGCCUGGCCGCGGCCCGGUUGGGGCUCCGCAGCGUCCCUCUGCGGCGCCUCCCGCCGGCCCCGCGGCGCCUGGGGCUGGCCCUGGGGCUGGGGCUGGCGUUGCUGGAACCCCCGGCGGCCGAGGAGGAGAGGCGCGCGGCCGCGGCCUGCAAGGACAUCCAGACCAUAUUCCUCCCGAGGAACAAGCCUCAGAAGGACACCCUGGGAUUACUCGCCCGGCGAGGCUUCAGCCUGGAGGACUAUUUCAUCGGCCAGUCGAUCGGCAAAGGCUGCAGCGGGGCUGUGUAUGAAGCGGCCCCUCCUGCCACCGGUGCCGGAGAGGGAGAGCGGGGGCCCCAGCGGAGGCCUGGCAAUGGGGGCGCUUCGGAUGUCCAGGGUGCAGCAGAGGCCGAGGGCUGGAAAGAAGGAUUUCCGCUGGCUAUCAAAAUGAUGUGGAAUAUUUCGGCUGGUUCUUCUAGCGAAGGCAUCCUGACCACCAUGUCUCAAGAACUUGUCCCAGCCAGCGGGCGGGCCCUUUCUGGGGAAUUUGGAGCAGUUGCCAGGCCCAGGAAGCACCUCUUUGGGAAGAAGUGCCUGAAACCUCACCCCAACAUCAUCCAGGUGAUUCGGGCUUUCACAUCUCAGGUCCCGCUGCUGCCGGGCGCCACGGUGGACUAUCCGGACGUCCUGCCUUCCACCUUGAACCCCUCCGGAAUUGGGCACAGCCGCACCCUCUUCCUGGUGAUGAAGAACUACCCGUGCACAUUGCGGCAGUACCUUUCCGAGGGGUGCCCUGACCCCCAUGUGGGAGCCGUGAUGAUCCUGCAGUUGCUGGAAGGGGUGGACCACCUGAUCCGGCAGGGAGUCGCUCACCGAGAUCUGAAGUCAGACAACAUCCUGAUGGAGUUUGACUCGGCAGGGUGCCCAGGGCUGGUCAUCACCGACUUCGGGUGCUGCUUGGCUGACGAAGCGCUGGGCCUGAAGCUGCCCUUCCCCAGCUGGUAUGUGGAUCGUGGGGGCAACACCUGCCUGAUGGCACCCGAGGUGGCCACGGCCGUGCCAGGCCCAGGCGCAGUGAUCGAUUACAGCAAGGCGGACGUCUGGGCGGUGGGGGCUCUGGCCUACGAGAUCCUCGGGCCCGGAAACCCCUUCUACGGCCAAGGGGGGGCCGCCCUGGAGAGCCACAGCUACCGGGAGGAAGAGCUGCCCCCCUUGCCCGCCCCGGCAGCCCUGGAAGUGAAGGAGCUGGUGGCGAGGCUCCUGAGGCGGAACCCGGCGAAGAGGCCCUCGGCCCGAGUGGCGGCCAACGUCCUCCACCUGAGCCUCUGGGGCGAAGGGGCUCUCGGCCAGGCGGGCCUCCCUCUCCGCCAGCUGGUGGCCUGGCUGCUUCGACAGUCGGCUGCCACUUUGCUGACCGACCGGCUGGGCGGCGCCCGAGGGGUGGAGUCCCGCUUGAAGAGAGCCUUCCUGGCCAACCUGGACUAUGAGGACCUCUGUGAGGCGGCCGCCCUGCUCUGCUCCUGGAAGGGGGGGCGGCUUAGCCUGCCCCCUCAGUAAAAGCACCCCCGCUGAUUCAGGCCUCCUGUCAGGGCGGGCCCUGUGUGUGUGUGUGUGUGUGUGCGUGGUGGGGGGAAAGCGGCUUCCAGGUUGGGGUGCUGUAGUGCAAAGGACGGGGGGGGGGGUUUCAGCCCUGGAAACUGAUGUCGUCUCCUUCAGAUCCAUCCAGUUGCUGGUUGUUGCCGUGAUGAGGCCGGGCAGUGGCCUCUUUUGGGGUGACCCACGGUCUGGUGGGACGCCGGCUGUGGUCUCCAGAAUGCCGGGCCUCCCCUGGCUUCGUAGUUUCCUGCUUGGGUUCACAGAGCUGGGCACGAGUAGCAUUUGACAAGCGGGGUUUUGAGUCGCCUGUUAUUUAAAACCCCUCGCUUGCACGUUUGACCCUAGAGGGAAGUUGCAAAACAAAGCAAAAUGCCUAGAACCUUAUUUCAUUCAGUGACCUAGAACCCCAAAAUGGUUAAUUCUUGAAUUGAAACCAGGUGAGUUAAAUAUCCUCCUCACCUGCUUUAUUGUGAUUCUGUUUGGGUGGUUUUUUCCCAGUAGAACCAAUUUGUGGAAAGAUUCGAACCCACUGCCUAAAUAGUCAUAUUCUCCAAGUGCAAUCACCCGGGUUCCUUCCUUGCUGGUGGUGCUUUAACAGAGGCCAGGAAUUCCCCCCAAAACCCCUUCUGCCUCUUCAAAGGGGCUCCAGCUUCCCCUUUUGAAUGGCGCUUGUCUGACGCAGCACAUCUGCCUGCUUGGAAGAACAGCAGCCUCAGCUCUGGGAGAGGCUGACUUUGGGAAGGCGUUAGGUGGGGGCCUCCCCUUGGAGACAGGCGCCUGAGGGAGAAGGAGCUACUGAUUUUGGGGGGGGGGGCUCAGCGUGGAAGGGAGAGCCCCCCCCAUGUCUUAAUUGUGACAGGCAGUCACAAAUGCAAAAUCAGAGAGCGGUGCCAUCUUGUAUGCUUGGCUGUGCCCGGGGUGCCCUGCUUACUGGUGUAGUUUGUUAGAGGUGGAACUGCCUGUUUGGUUGUGCAAAUAAAUUACAUUCAUGUUUGCA